AUGAAGUUUGGAACGCAACUUCUCGAUAAAUCGGUACCUGAAUGGAGACUGAACAACAUCGAUUACAAGCGAUUGAAGGAGGCAAUCCGGCGGGCCACAACGUUGCGCGCUGACAAGGAGCAGUUUGCGAAUGUAAAUGAGGAUCCGGAGCUUCAGACACUCUUUAAUCUUUUCCAGGAGCAGUUCGAGAGUCUGAACAUGUUUGUAAGUCUGAAGGUGAAGGAAGUGUCAACAAGACUCGUAUCCGUAGAGUCGUCUAUUAUCAAGCUCCAAAAGAGAUCUUUGACACUUAACGCACCAAAGGGCAAACAGAGGCAACUGGCAAUCAUUUCAUCGCAUCUGGACGAUUGCAACUUGAACCUGCUGAGGAUAUCUCGCUUUCUCAUCUUGCAGAAGAUAGCUCUGAGAAAACUGCUCAAGAAGUUCCUUAAACACUAUCCUUACGAUCAUGCCAUGGCAGAGACCUUUGUAGAAAAGUUAAAGGAUUGCAAGGAACUAACAGAAGGCCACGAAGGAGUUUCGUUCAUGAAAGUUGAUCUUGACCCCUAUCUGUUGGAAGUGUCUUUAGUUAUGGAUGUCCUACGUGAUCUAGAGCAAGGCGAAGCGCCAGAUGAUGAUGGAUAUGCGGAUAGUACUAGAGGCAGUUUAUCGGGAGCUUCAAGGGGUCUUUCCGUUGCCAAUCACACUAUCCCCAUCAACUCUGCUCUGCAAUUCGAUAGUCUAUUCCUAGGCAAGUACAAAAGGCUCAACUCUUUUUUAGUCUCUUCGGAAAGCACAGCUGAGAUGAAAUUCUUGUUAGUAAAGUUGGGAUUUCACAUUGUGGAUGAUGAAAUAAUCUCAACGUCGAAACAGCUAAUGGACACGACUCUGUCGCCCGAAGUAAUCGACUCAACGACUUCUAAGAGGAGCCUGCGAUCUGUGAAGUCGUUUCAAGAUUUGCAACACGCUUUGGAUCACAAGCAAGACACUCCCCUCAAAAAUUCUAGGCCAGCACCUCGUACUGGUAUGAUUCUGCUUGAUUCAUCCUCGAAGCCAAAAUUCAUGGACGAUGAAUCUAUGAAUCAGUAUCCCAGCAUAGUGGUCUAUGGACAGAAACUGGACAAAUGUGUUGUAAUGUGCAAUGUUGGCGGACUGAGAAAUCACGUCGUCUCUGAUAUCAUCCCUUUUAGUCACGUUUCAUCUCUGAUUCAAAAUCAGCAACGUCACGGAGACGGACCAGAGUCUUUUGGGAUUCAUAUGUCCCCCUUAGACAAGCUUUGUUUGGAAUGGAUAUCCUCUCGCCACUUACAUGCGGUUGGUCCCCAAGUCCUUAUGAGAAAGACAAGAUUUACUAAAAGAAUUGAGCACGAAAGAGGGCACACUGCUUACCUAAUCUCAUUAGACGAGGAAAUUACUUUGGAUGCCCAGAAAGCUGUACCGCAUGCAAUCCUCGAGAUCCGUAAACGUGAUACUGAUGUAAAAGCAAACGAAUCGAAUGCAGAAGAUCAAGAAAUCCUACGCAUAUGCGAAAAAGCUUAUGAGAACAAGCUUCUGCUCUAUCCCCUUCCCGAAGAACUAACGAUUUGGAAACUGAUUUACCAACUGAAAGACUCUAAAGAUAUGGAAAAGGACUUGAUGUCCAUUGUAUCACAGAACCCUGAAGCACAGACAGUAGAGAACUUUUUCAAGUCUGGUGUGAAUCUAAUAUCUCAAAGAUUGUUUGGAGAAGUAAGAACACAAGACUCGGCGACUGAUCACAAUGUAUCAGGCAGAUCCGUCGAGCCGGCAUCUGAUAAAUCACCUCAAAAGCCAAGAAUUCGGUACUGGAAUGAAUUUGACGAUGGGGACGAGGCAUUGAAUAAUGACGGUUUCUACAUGUACAGUGACACCGAAUCUCAAAACAACCGUUCCACGGACAACGGUUUUAUCGUGUUCAAUAAGCGUUUUAUUAAUGGCGUCUUCAACUUUUCAGAGAAAUUUAAAAGGCUACUUGGUGCUAAUAGCUCAUUACAAGAACGUAGACCACUACUUUCUGGACGCCGUCGUAUAUCGCAUGGCAGCCAGGCUACCACAAGCAGCACAAACACUUCUCCAAGUACAAGAAACGAUAUGGCAGAAUACCGAAUAUAUGAGGAACAGGAAGAAGACUCCGACUCGAUUUAUGAAUACAAACACGAUCAAGUUGUCACCUUUUUCUAUCUUACCACACUAUUAGUCUCUUGCAUAACGUCUGGUAUAUCCCUUGGCAUUGUGGUUUCCUUGUUUCAGAUGAUUGAUGACGACACCGAGUUGGAAGGAAGCUCCGCGUUAGUUGCAGCUAUUAUUAUCUCACUUCUAAUAUCGUUGCUAUUGACUUGUACUAGUUUGUUGCUCCUUUUCAGUAGGUUCAAGAUGGCUCCCUGGUGGCACUAUGUGUGCUGCUUUCUUGUUUUUCUUGUUGUCACAUUUACUGUUUGUUAUGGAUUUAUAGAAGUUGCUAUGUAA